UAUAUAGCAGCAACAACGGUCUGCUAUUUCUGUCAUUAAAUCUGUGAUAAGAGAAAAGCUCAUUUCUAUUAAAAAAGUAAUUAUUUAAAAGAUCUUGAAUUAUAUUCUAAUAAUAAGGCUGUACAUUUCACAGAAAUUUUGAAUUUUGAAUUAGUACGGUGCUUUUGCCAACGUAACGAUCAGUAAUAAGAACUAUCAAACAGUGUUAAUUAGUACAUAUCAACAUCGAUUAAAUAAAAGCAAUAAAAAAUCGAGUCGAUCUUGAUGUUCUGCUGGACUGACAAUCAUGACACGUUUGAGAGGCAGAGCCUCUUUAAUGGUCAUCAUAAUGAUCAGUUUCACUCUGUUGAUUGUGAUUUAUCACAUUCUGAGUAACGAGGUCGAGGACAUUACAUCCAAUAAAUUAAAUCCACGAUUGAAGAUUGAAGAAGUUUACCCAUUGAGUGAUCUUACAGAAAAUCCUCGCAGUAUUGCCAGAAAACAACGCAUAGAGGCGCACAUAAUGGGAAAAUUAAGAAACGGCGGUGGACAAUUGUUCAGUGACUUCAAUUAUGGUAGAUCCGAUACACAAAAUGUACCAUUGUUCAAAGGACACAAAAUUGUACAUUUAGACCUAAAGGGUGCCCCUCCCAAAAUAAGUUAUUAUAAGUAUCUGUUUAGGUUGCUCAAAAGAUUAGGUGCCACAGGUAUACUUAUAGAAUACGAGGACAUGUUUCCUUUUGAUGAUAGGAUACAAGAUAUCAGUGCAGGUAAUUGUUAUAAUAAAAGAGACAUCACAAAUAUUCAAGAGAUAGCCAGGGAACACAAGCUCAUUGUUAUACCGCUGAUUCAAACCUUUGGUCAUAUGGAAUUUGUCCUUAAGUUAGAGAAGUAUAAAGAUUAUAGAGAGGUGCCACAAUAUCCGCAAGCUGUAUGUCCUACUUAUAACAAGACUUUACCAUUACUUUAUGAAAUGAUAGAUCAAGUAGUGGCUGCUCAUCCUGAUAUUAAGCAGUUACAUAUAGGAGCUGAUGAGGUAUACCACAUAGGAGAAUGUUCUAGGUGCUUAGAUAUAAUGGUCAAAAGGAAAUGGGGCAAAAAACAAUUAUUCUUGGAUCAUGUUUCAAAAGUAGUAAGAUACAUCAAAGACAAAUAUCCUGAACUGAGUAUUCUCAUGUGGGAUGACGAAUUCAGAGAAAUUUCACCUCAAGAAAUUAUAGACAGAGGCUUGCAUUUAAUGGUGGAACCAGUUGUUUGGAAAUACACUACUGAUCCUGGAACAUCCUUAACAGAUCAGUUAUGGGAAAGCUAUGCAUCAGUUUGGAAAGAUAUUUGGGUUGCUACAGCCUUCAAAGGUGCCACUGCACCGGACAGAUAUUACACGGAUAUUGCAUACCACAUGGAAAAUCAUCAACGUUGGUUGGAAAUUAUUAAUAGAUACUCUACUCAAAUUACAUUCAAAGGUGUUAUUCUAACUGGUUGGCAAAGAUACGAUCAUUUCAGUGUACUCUGCGAACUCUUACCUUCUGCUCUACCUUCUCUCGCUGUAAAUUUAGCUAUUCUUCAAGCUCCAGAUUUAAGCGGAUUUCCAGUAGAGGUGCCUACUGCCGUAUUACAAGCACUGCAAUGCGAAGGCAUGAUUUCAUUGAGUAUUCCAGAACCACAGUAUGGUUGGACCAAAUGCAGUUACAAUGGUAUAUCAAUUUACGCCGCCAUUUUACGUCUUUACGCUUUGACACAAGAAGUUAAUAAAAUGGAACAGGACAAUACCUUCAGGGGAUGGUUGAAACCAUAUAAUUUGAAGUAUUCUUUCUCAAGUCCUAGUCACGUAAAGCGCGCAGUUGUCGAUCUGGACAGACACAAAAUGGAGAUAAUGUAUAUCGAGAAAGAAAUGCGGACAGCGUUGGAAGAAAUAUAUGACAAUUACACGGUACAAGAAUGGGUAGACACAUACAUUACUCCAAUGAACGAGAAAUUUAUACAAUUAUGGGAAGCUAAAGAGAAAAUUCUAGAAAAGAACGUGUGGCCAAGAAGACCACUAACAAAAUCGGACUUAUAGUAAAGUGAACAUUUAAGUUAAUAAUUGAUAGCUUCCAUACAACAUAAUGAGAGACUGAAGACCAUAUUAGGGUAAAAAAGUAACGUAUUAAUUGAAAUAUUUAGAUUUCUUGUUUCUUAAAAAGGCGAGUAAUCGAUGAAUGAUCGAUGUUGUAUAAAAUCUAGCAAAACUGUAAUUUUUGCACCUCUCUAUCUCGAUUCAAACGGGUGUUCAAAUUCUGUCGACUGCACCGUCCGCAAGCGUACACGUAUAAGCACGGUAGGCUUCUCCAGGAUAAAUGGCAAAGAGACCCCAUCACUUGGUUUUUGAAAUUCGAAAGUUUUCAAAUUUUUAAACAUUUAAUCACUCAAAAUUAUAGGCAAGUGAUGGGAGGCUCUUCUCUAGCCUUUAUCCAAAGGAAACUUACUUUGCAUCUGAGUGUAGUCUGAUUCACUGUAUUCAACGAUAAGACUCAAAUCGUGUAACGUACAUGAAAGUCUUCAAUAAUUCGUGCACUUGAAACUGCAGUUUUCAAUUAGCAUUUCUGAAGAAUGAAUUUCAACUCCGAGCUUGUACAUACAAAUAUGUGGGAAAUAAGUAAUCCAAGAGAAUGAAGUGCUAAUCGAUAAAUCGUAGCGUCGUCUUGAAACGUAUACUCUGUUUUUAUGAAUGCUCGUUUUCAUAAUUCAUUGUUAAAAGUAUUCGACUAACUUAUUCGCUAAUUUAUUAACAAUUUUUACCCUCUCCGAAGGCUUCCACAUCGUCUUUUAUUCGAAGCUGAUUGUUCCAAUAAUGCGCACACAUUGCGAUCUUACCUGUUUUAUACCUGUUACACGAAAUGUUCUCUAGUUAAAUUGCGUUUUGUUUUAUACAUAUAUUUAUGUUUAUGUGUAUCGAUUGCACGAAUAGUGCCAUUAAUUAGAUUUAACGAAACCAGUGACACAAUUAAUUUUAUUCUGUCGUACUCAGAAUGCGAGUAAAAAUAUGUUUAUUGUUAUAGUCUACUUAAUUUUAUGUUUAAUUGAGAACCAAACGUUCGGUUCAGCUUGUGAUUUCUAUACAGAUCGUUUUGCGAGCACUUAUACGAAUUUCAAGCCUCUAAUACCGAGUUCUUGGCAUGUACUCAAUCUACAAUGUAUGUAAAUUACUGAAUGUAUAAUAUCUAUUAUUGUAAAAGUAUUUUUAACAUUGAUACAUCGACCCAUAUUAACACAAUCACGCUCGAUUAGAUUCUAUCGACAAAUAAAUUUCUUUUUAAAUCUCUCUGCGAAGACACAGUUUAUCAUUGGCCCCUCAAUGUUAUACAGGGUGUACUGCGUACAAAAAUAAAUCGAAAGUAUGCAAUAA